AUGUUGGAGUAUAUAGUGAAUGGUUUAAUUCGUGUAUUUGGACGUGAAUUAAUAGAGGCUUGGAUCCCAUUGGAUCACGUCUGUGUGACUUCAUUGACUGAUCCUGAGAUUCAUUUGGUUGACAUUUCAAUUCCCGAAAUAGUGUUUGAGAAUUAUUCUUCACCGUUUUCACUGGUAAGUUCAAACAUUCGCAGGAUUGUGGUGAAAGCAGAUUGGUCAGCGUUGUUUCGGGGUGGAAAAAGUGGUAAAAUUCGAGUUGACGUUGAGGGUAUUGAUCUUGUAGUUCGAGCUAAGCGAUUGGAUGAAUUCGAUCCAAAACUCUGUUUAACACUGUUGAAUAAUAAGAAAAAAUCAAACUUGAAUAAAUGGCUCAAAUUUUCUAAACUCAAUUCCACAGCUGAUAAGACAGCGAAAAUCGUAAAUUGUCUAUCCGUGAGAGCUAAAGAUGUGAAAAUAACAUUUGUAGAUGAUGUGAUUUAUAAAACUCCAUUCUCAGUAGUGAUUAGAGCUGAUCUCGUGACUGGUGGUUAUGUGGAUCCUAAAACACCUUUAAUGAAUGAUUUUGAACGUGAAGGAUAUCUUAAACAUUUAUUAAUGUGUUUAUUCUUCAAUAGUAAAGGUGUUCAAAUUGAUUUUAAUCUUUAUUCACACUUAAUCACUAGUAAACAUCGUAAUAUUAACACUAAUGGUCUGGAUGUGGAAAAUAAUACAAAAUUUGCUACUAGUAAUUUUGGUACCGAUGAGAGUGAAGAUGGAUCACAUUUUAGUGAUGAUUUGUUUUCAUCUGAAGUUUCUGAUGAUGAGUUUGAAAGGGUACAGUUGGAGGAUUUUUUGCAAGUAAAAAAGAGUGAUUUUUGUAAUUUUUGUUCUCAAAAUACUAGAAAAAUAAUUAAAAAACCUAUUAAAAAAUGUGAAAUGAGAUAUUUAGACCUUUUAAAUACACCUCAUAGAAGAUUUAGGCUGACAUCUAAAACUGGAAUUUAUGUUGGAAUUUCAGUUAAAGUCUGGAACUUUAAUUCUAUUUUCUUUGUUGAAAGGAUUUCAUAUGAACCAAUGAAGAAAAUAAAGUUAUUUUUAUGCUCUAACGAAGAUGCAGAACAGGAAUAUUAUGCACAAUUGUUUGAUGGUUCAGUUAAGUAUAAGAAAUUAAAACUGAACUUAUGUAGUGAAUUUGUACAUAUGUUACAUGAUUUCAUACGUUUUGUAAAGAUUCUUUCUGCAUUUAAACAUGGAGCAACCGCUUCCAGUUGUAAAAUACCGUCACUUCAAAAUGCAAUUAAAUAUUGUAAAAUUCUCGAAAAAGUUAAUCCAACAAAUGAGGAAAUUAGUUUUUUAAACAAAUUCGAACUUGAAACAUCAAUUGGAAUAAUAAUUAGAUUAAGAAAUUUUACUUCAAAACGGAGUCAAAAUAAUAGUCAUUCCCAGACUCCUAACACUAAUGGUACUAAUGAGGAUACUGGUGCCGAUGAUUUAAACACCGUAACGGAAUUAGAAAAAAUAAAAAUUGAAAAGAUAUUUAAAGAAGAAAAAUAUGAUGAUGAGUUUAAAAGGAACUUUAUAAAUAUGGAAGCAGAUAAGUAUGGUUCAAAUUACUUCAAUUUUAAUCAUUUAUUACAUUCUGGUAAAGGUUUAGGUCUUAAACCCGAGAGUACUAAUAAUGAUCAUUGGUUCUUAGGACUUAUGAGCUUUGGUAUUAUAGCACCAAAUCUAUCCGUUAAUAUUAUACCUAUUUCAACACUUUUUGACACUAAUAUAAACCCAGAUGAAACCCCCAAUGUAAACCCUAAUACACGAGUAUACAAUACAAACCCUAGUCUAAACACCAAUGUUAACCCUAAUAGUAACCCUAAUAGUAAAAGUAUAAUGUGUAUAAUGGCUGAAUUAUCAACAUUUUAUUUUAAUAUAGUACAGAUAUCAGAUCGUAGAAGUUCAAUAAAGAUAUUUUUAAGUAAGCCAUUAUGUCUAUUGGCUAGAGUUGAGACUGAGUUGAAGAAAUAUUCAAUAUCUUGUGAUGUAGUUUUUGGAAAAGUAUUUGAUGAACGGAUUGUUGCUGGUCCUAUGACUUUAUUAGAAGAUUUUCAAAGUUUUUUUCAUAAUUUUGGAUCAGACAAUGUUAAUCAAUUCAGACUAGAAAAUGUAUUUGACAGUGUUAUUGGAGUUGGAAUUGAAGCAUAUAAUAAUUUUGUAAAGAAGAAUUUGGUUAAUAUGGGUCGAUUCUUUUUAAUUGGAAACACAGCUCUAGAAUUGUAUAACGCAGUUGAAACUAAUCUUACCACCAGAGUAACUAAAGAAUUACUUAGUUUUGAACUAUUUCUUCAUAGGUCUUUUAUUACUUCAAGUUAUAGAAUUAAUUAUCCAUUUAAAAAUUAUUCUAAAGAAAUGGUUGAGUUAAUUGAUAAGUUCAUUAAUUCUAUGGACGAAAAUGUUAAAUCAUUAGUGUUAAUGAUUAGGGAAAAACUAUGUACUAAGAAUAGAAAUUUAGUUAAUUUCACAGGAAUGGAUAUGAAAUUACUUUGUUUGUUUGGAAACUCGGAUAAAAUACAUAAAAAUGCUAAACAUCUUUCUCAAUAUAAUCAACAAAUUGUCACAAAUUGGUCAUAUCAACAUUCAAUCCAUUAUUAUUAUCCCAAUACCACUAAUACUAAUACUACCAAUACUAUUACUACUACUGAGGGUAAUGGUAUGGAGGAAAAUGUAAGAAUGUUGGUGAAGAAUAAUGUGGAUGAAUGUUAUAUGGUUGAUAUGGAUAAAUAUUGUGAUUGGUUUAAUAAUGCUAAAAGUGAUUUAUUUUGUAUUGAUUCCCUUGGUUACAUGUCAAAUAAAUGUCUUGAAGUAUCACUUGAGAGUAUUAAUGUAUUAGUAGACUCUUAUACAUUUUCAAAGAAAAUAGCUAUACAAAAUAUCAAAAUACAAAAUAACACUGUGAAUAGUAUUAAUAAUAUUGAUGGCGUAAAUAGAGUUGAACCAAUUAGUGUAGAUAAUAUGAAGGAAGAGUUAUUGAGUGUGAAAGAGUUUUCAAUUCAUUUAAUAAAGGAAAAUGGAGUGUUUUUAGUGAAUUUAAACAAGGUCAAGGUAAACUCAAAUUUAUUACAAUUAAUACCUUUAACACAAUAUAUUGACCAAUUAAUAAUAAAAUGUAAUGGUAUAAAAGAACUAGUUGAUAGAUUAAAGGAAUGUACUUGUUUUCCUCAAUCGAUGUCAUAUUUCGAAAUUAAGCCUAAAUUUACUCCUCACGACUUUUUCAAUUUUGAUCCUGAAAAGGAAAAAUUGAGGUUGGAACUUGAGAAAACCGUAUUCAUCCUGAUGACAUGUUAUUGUACGCCUGUUUUCGAGUCUGAACUUAUUAAAUUUUAUUCUGACUGGGAUAUUAAACUGAUUUUGACACUCUAUGAUUUCACUCUUUUACUGGUCAAAAAUUCCACAAUUCUUUACUCACUGAUGAUUUAUACUUUAAAUUUCGACCUAUUUAUAGCACAAGAAAGGCUUGAUGUUAAGGUUAAUUUGGGUGGAUCAAACCUGUUAACGUAUAAUUAUAUGAUAAAUGGUGGUCCAGAUUUAGGUACUGAGGGUUAUGAGAUAUUAAUGGGUUGUAAAAUGGAGGAUUUGCAGAACAAUGAAAUCACGUGUAAAUCAGUUGAAAAUGGACAAAUUUCACUCAGAAUUAAAAAAAAUCCAAAUUUUAAAGUCAUGUUAGAACUCCGAAGUUUGUAUCUAAAAUAUGAUCAAUUACUCAUCAAUUAUAUAUUCGAACAAUACAAUAAUCUCGAAAUUAAUAAAGGUAAUAACACUAAGGUUAAUUGUUUGGAGAAUUUGGAGGUAUUUGUUAGUACAACUGGUGUGUGCGUGUAUUUGGAUAACUUUGGUAUAACUUUGGAUAUUUAUUGUCGUUUGAAUAAGACCGAUUUGAAUAUAUAUUUAGAUGUUACUAGACUAUCUUUUGGUUUAUUACUCUCUAACUAUUUGCGAUUUUUAACCCUUUCACUUAUUGAUUUACAACUGUCACUUGAGAAUUAUUCACUUUUUAAUCCUAAUCAAGAGGAUACUAUAAAUCAAAAUCCCAACUCAGAAAUUAUCCUUAAAUUAACACAAAUCGCAAUAUGGUAUCAUCUCAACUCCACAACUAAUACUGGUACUGGUACUGAUACUGUUACUAAAGAUAGUGAUGGUACAACAAUUGGAGUUAAUGAAGUGUUUAAUAGUAUUAGUGAAUUAUUUAAUGAAUAUUGGUUUAGUCAUGUGACACGUUGUUUAUUACCAACUUGUAAUGAUGAUGACUUGCUUGUACCUAUUUUUUACACUAAAAUGUCAUCAUUUUCGAGGCUUAAGCCUGUGCUUAAUCGGGAAUAUAUUAGUCAAUAUUUAGUUCAUUAUGCUUCUGGAAAUCCCCAAUUAUCUGAAUUACUAAGUUCCUCUAAUUUAAAUCAAUUAAUUCAGAAAUUCAUUGAAAGUGUUCAGAUAAUUGAAAAUUCGGACAAUUUGCAAAUAAAUUCCAGCCUGAAAGCUAGUAAAAUUGGAACAGUUAUACAUGCAAAAGGUGAUAUAAAAGUGGGUGAAUUUCUCUUUAAUUUAGACCUUAAGAUGGUUGAAGAAUUAAAUUCAUAUAUUAAACUUAUUAACCAAAGCGUAAACAAUAUCCAACACUACAUACAAGUAAAUUCUAAUCCUGCUGUAGUUAAAAAACAAUCAGAAAAAAGUGAUAAAUUGACAGUUUUAGCUGAAAUCCAAUUGAACCUCAUGUGUAAUAUUACUUCAUUAUCUUGUGACUAUUCAUUAAAUAUACACUCCAAAUUUCUUCCUAAAACAACAAAUACUGCUAUGGUAAAUAAAGCAGAUAGGGAUAGGUUUAGAAUUUUGAAGGUAUAUCCUCAGAAUAAGUUAAUGGCUAGUUUCACAUAUUCUUUAAAGGCUUUGGUUCAGUAUAAUUUGGAUGAAGAUCAGAUUUAUUCAAUUUCAAGGCAUGGAAAAGAAUUUGAAAUUGAUUCAGAAACUCUAGAUUUAGUUAGCCAUCAAUAUUACACUUUUGAUGGUGACUUAAUAUUGACGCUUUAUAAUUCUAUUUUUCUACUUGAUUUGUACACUAAUCACCCGAAAAAUCUCAUUAAUCAAUCGAGUGAGUCAGGAAAUAAAUUAAACAGAAGUAGUAGUAUUGAAUUGUUUGAUGAUCCGAAGGAUAAAUUUGAGUUGAUAAAAAUACUAAACGUGUCAAUAAAUGAAAAAAGAAUAAUCUUUGUGAAAAAUGGACCAAAAUGUUUAUGUCAAGUUUCGUUGUUAAAUUUCCAGGUUUUGGAUUGUUUUGGCAAGUAUGUUUUUGAUAACGUUUAUGAAACCAGAACUAAAGCCUCUCAAAUUUAUGAUAUAAAUGAGGAAUUGCUGGGAAAACAGAAAGGCCAAGUGCUUUUAACUUUUUCCAAAAACACAAAAUCUAAUCAACUAAAUAUUGUCAUAGACAACACACUUACUGAAAUACAUCCAGACUUUAUUAACAUUCUCAUAUUACUUUUUUUGUCAUUUAAUAACUCAGAUUUUAAAUCAACCAAACUUGAAAAAGAACCUAAACACCUUGAUCCAACUAUAAAAUUUACUAUAACCUUAAAUAUGUAUGAAUUGUGGUUAUUUCCAAACAUUAAUUAUUAUACCAAUAACACAGUUGAGAAUUCUAUUGUUACUAGUGAAAACUUGGACUCUAAUACUAAUUAUGAAAAUGUUUUACCUAAGAUAUUGAAAAGAAUAAAUAAUGUGGAUAAUGAGAAUGGAAUUCAUUUGAGGAGUUAUGAUGACAGGAUGCAUGUAAUUUGUUUAUUAUUUAGUGGUACGAUUUCUAAUAAUAAUUAUUACAAGGCUAUGAUUAGGCAUUUUUCAUUGAGUUUGGGUGCUGUUUUACUGGUUGAAAAUAACCAUAAACUUCUAGUAGACCAAAAUGAUGGACUCAUCAUCGCAAAGGUAAAUGAUCCUUGUAACCGAUUCCUUCUUGAACUCAAGAACUUUUUAAUCAAGUUUAAACUAAAUUCAGAAACAAACUUUGAUAAAAAUCUUCUAGUUCAAUCAGAACUCGAAAAUAUAAAAGUGUGUACAUCAUUACAAGAUCUCGUAAGACUUUAUUUUCUCAAGGAUUAUUUAAUUCCAAAUUACAUUACUCAAAUUUUAACCAAUACUACCACAGAUACUAAUACUGAAGAUACUAGUGAUAUCACAGGGGCUAGUGAUACAGUUAAUACUUCUGAUGAUAGUGAUGUGAAUAAUGUGGAGAAUAUACUUGAUAGAAUGGGAAUAGAUGAGAAAAUUGGUGUGAAUAGGUCAGUGGUGUUAUUUGAGAAAUUGGACAAAUUAUACCAUUUGAGCCAGAAGAAGUUUUGUAUAAACGUAUUGGUCCGAGAGUUUAAGGUAAUAAUGCCUACAGGACCAAAUUCUUUAAUUUUAGGACUAGUAAUAAAUGAUUUCAUUCUAGACAUUUUAAACCCAAAAACUAAUACAUCCAGUGACUCACCAAAUUUUACACUCUCGUUUCUUUUCAAUCUUUCACUACUCAAUAACAAGUUUAAUACCAAUGUUUAUCUUCUACAAAACACUCAAUUCAAACUCACACUAAUUACUAAUACUCUUAAUACAGAUAGUCAAGUUACUGAAGAUACAUUGAAUGUGAAUAGUGUGGAAAUGUUACCGACGGAAUUGAGUAUAAAUAUACAAUUGGGAAUAGUAAUGUUGGAUUUUAAUAAUAAUAUGAGUAGAUUAAUAAAGUACUUUAUAACAACAUUGAAGCGUAUAAAAGAGAUAGAAAAGAGUAUAGAGAGUAGUAGAAUAACUGUAUAUAAUGAGUUAGAUUAUGAGAUUUGUGUAUUUAGUGGAAAUGUAAAGAGGGAAUUGGACUACUUUACAGUGGAAAAAGACGCCAGUGUAAACCUUUUCAACCGUGAAUUUACACUAUUAAUUAAUAAUAAAAAUGGUAUUUUUUCAAAUUGUGAUGUUUUACUUGGAUACAUUGAUAAUAAUCUUCUGUAUGGAAAUACUAAUAAUGUUACUGAUUUCAUCAAUUUACACACCUAUUCUACUAAUCAAACUGAUACUAAAAGUAAUAACAAGAGAAGAAUUACAAUUUCAUAUACACAUAUUCCCUCGAGUAAAUUUAUUGGAAAUUCCAUUCUCAACAAUAUUACUAAUACCCAUACCAAUACCAAUAAUACUCUGAAUACUACUGGUAUUGGUAAUAUGAAUAUAAUGGAUAUGGAAAAUAAUUAUAUGUAUUUGGGUCGUUAUGAAGGGAAUGAGAGUGUAUUGAAAUUACCGAAUGUAGGUGGUGUAAUAUUAAUUCAUCAAAUUAAUGAUAAAGUAAUUGUUAGUACAAAUGUCAGAAUCGAAAAUUUAACCGAUAUUCUAAUUACAAUCUCACAAUAUAACACUAAUAGUGUUAAUCCAGUUAAUAGUGUCAGUAGACAGUCUAAAGCAUUGGAAAAAGUUGAUGAUAUAUUAUUAGAAAAGUAUACGAGUGUGGGAGUGCCAAUUUCAUGGUAUAAUUCAAGACAAUUACCAAUAAUAACAUAUUCAGGCUCCAAUAAUGAUAAUUUAGGUUUCGGUAUGUUGAAAAGUGUAUUGAAUAAUCCAAUUUUCACUCCAAGUGGGAGUAAAAUGAGACAUGAAGAGGUUUUGAGAUUCAGAAAUGGUAUUAGUUUAAUUUGUACCUGUACAAGUCAACCAGUAAAUGAUACAAAUGAACUUGACUCAGUAAAGUAUAUAAUCAGAAUCGAACCAAUGUUAAGUAUUGUUAAUAAGUUACCAUUUGAUCUAAUAGUCCAAAUUUCAACAUCAAAACAGUCCUCUUAUAAAUAUACCACUACACAUGAAAAUACUGAUUCAAUCUCAUUAAUACAAAAUAGUGGCGGAAUGAAAUUACUAAACCCAAAUCAGUCCUGGGGAAUUCCAAUCCAAAAUAACAAAUUCUACCUCAAACUUACUCUUAAAGGUUGUUCACUCAUAUUAAACACAGUUUCAAAACCUUCAAUAAAUCAGUAUAGAGAAGAAUUAUUAGAAUAUAAAAGUGAUAUGUUUGAGGUAAAUUUACCGAAUACAGGUAGUUUUGUUACAAGUAAGAGUUUGUCAUUUAGUUCUGGACCUAUUUUUGAAACUACCUUUACACACUUUGAACCACUUCUUUCACAAUCUUAUCGUAAAAAUAAAGAAGUUUUCUAUCAGAUUGUCAAGAAAAAUUAUGUAAGUUUAAGCUUAAAUAGGAAUAAAGUUACAUUUUUCUGGCCAUAUAUUUUUGAGAAUUUCACCAGUCACUUUUUGUGUUUAAAUGGGUACUUAAUACCACCAAAUUUCAAAUUCUAUACUACUUCUAAAGAAGCAAAUAAUUCUAAACUCAGAGCAUACUGUAAAAUGAAUAAUUUGGAUGAUAAAAGUUUAAAUUAUUUACCUACAAAUCAAGUUGAAAAACUCGAUUUCUCAUCAACUACCUCAAAUCGACCACCAAUCAAUUUACAAAUACUCAACACCAUCGCAAUGGAUAAAUCUUUAGUAAAUGUCACUAAUAAUACUAGUAAUAUUGGGGAUAAUCCGGAGGAUAUGGAAAAGGAUAAUAUUGUGACUAGACAAUAUGAGACUACAUCAUUGGAGAGUUUACAAACAUUUAAUUCAGUUGGAGAGUCUGACACUGCGUCACGUGAAUCUUCUGAAACUGCUUCAGAAAAUGAUGUAAUUUACAAGAAGAAAAAUGAUGAGAAGGGUUUUGUAGAAAAGGAAUGUAUUAGUUUAGGCUGUAGUGUAAGGGUUUUAGGUCUAACAAAGCUAGAUACCAGAGUCGUUGUUUUCCACAAUUAUUACACAUUUGUAAACAAACUACCCUAUGAUAUUGUUCUAAAAACUGCAAUAAAUCAGGAGACCAUAAUUAAAGCUAAUGAACAAGUUAGUGUAAACACAUUUUAUAAAGAUUUAAAAAUGGAUAUAAUUCACAAGUCAACCAAGUUAACUUGUAAUUUAACACUUACACCUCAUAAAAUACCUUUAAAUCUACAAAUUAAACCUAACAACACAAAUACUAGUCCAUUGAGUAACCUAAUUAAGAAUUCAGACAACAAUACUACCAACACUAAUGCUGUGGAGUCAUUAGAUGGGUUAAUACUGGAUGUGAAUAUAGUUGUAGGUAAAUUUGAGUAUGGAUUACCUUGUAAAUUUAAUGGACUUUAUUAUAUCAUCUCAGUUGCAACCAAUACCACUUAUCAACUUUUCAAUCUUACCUCUUUCAAACUCUACAUCAUUGAUCCAAACCAUAACAUUACCAAUACUAAUACUAACACUAAGGACAGUACUAAUACUAAGGAUAAUACUGGUAAUAGUAGUAACUGUAUGGUUGAUGGAGUUGGAAAUGUGUAUGAAUGGGAUAAGAUUACAGUAUUGGAAAGAUUAAAAUUGACACCAUAUGUAUUGUAUAAAACAGAUGAUAGAAGAUUAGGAUUUACAGUUAAUUUAAACGUUGGUUGGAAGAUAUAUAACAUUGAUACACUUAAAAGUAUAAAAUCGUAUACUUUUGAUAAAUUAUCCACUGAAACUGUAAACUCUGAUCUCACACUUUAUAUAACUUGUGUGAUGAAAAGUGAUGGGACUAGAGUUAUUUGUUUUGUAGACGAUUAUUUAUUACUGUGUAAACUACUCCAAAGAGUUGAAUUGUUACAAGUCAAGAGAAUCAAUAGUGUUUGGUCAAGGAUUAUUUUAACAUUUACAACACCUAGAAUCACAACUACAAUGUCCAGUAAAAAGAAAAUGGUACUGGCUGCACAUGUUAAUAAUCUCAAUUUCACAGUAUCACUUUGGAAAGGUGGUUUUAAUACCAAUAGUCCAUCACAACUUAAUACUCCUUUGGGCACACCCAAACAAACUCUUGACAAAUUUAAUACUAACAAUAGUGGAUAUAACUCUAUAGACAAUGUGGAUAUGGAGAAUAGAGAAAAUGAUUGGGUGAUAGAUGUGGGAUUGAGCAUAAAGGGAUGUCAUAUAGACCAUUUUGUUCAAGGUUUUAUACCAGUGAUUAUGAAGGCAAUAACUAACCGUCAUUCAGUACAGGAGUCAUUUCUAGCCUUUAGAAUGACGUGUACUCUUUUUUCAACAACUAUCCAAACUUUUGAUAGAAUCUAUGUUAAACUAAGUCCUGUAAGUUUAAAUGUUGAAAUGAGAGUUAUUGAGCAAAUUGUGGACUAUUUCGAAACAAUAACUUCAGCGUAUUCCAAUACACCUGGUGAUAAACUAGACAACAAUGAAGUCAGUGGUUGUCCUAUCCCUUGUUAUAGUGAUAGGAAAAGAACUUUUGGUAAAAAGUACUUUAAGAUGUUGAGAAUUGAGCCUAUAACUGUGAUUUUAGCUAUUAGAACUUCAGAUGUAAAAUUGAGUAGGCAGAGUCUUCAAUUAUUGGAUGCUCUUCCACUUGAUACUCCUUCAGUUUGUGUUCACUUUUUCGCUGAAGAAGUUACUCAGACUGUGGCGACAUUUGAGGAACUUGCAGGUGUAUUGAGGAAUUCUUACUUCAAACAGUUGAUUAGACAAUCUCUUCCAAGUGCUUGGCUUUCGAAUUCUUUUGCAGUUUUACAUGGUGUUCUCAAGGGUUUUGUUUACCUAUUUUCUCAGCCAUUCAGUGGGUGUAAAAAGUUCAAAAACUCUUUCGAAGGGUUUUUAAUUGGGAUCAAUAAUGGUCUAAAGUAUUUUGUGUUAUUUGUUGUAGGAGGAGCUGCACAGUCUAUGGGUCAUUUACUGAACAUUUUUUACAAAAUCUUGGGUAAAAAGAAUGUAAAACCUGUCGGAAUACUUGAUGGACUUUGGCUUGGACUUAAUAGUCUAGUAUUAGAUAUUAUAUACAACCCUUGGAACAGAUUCUUCUCAGAGUUUCAUGUCGGUUUUGGUUUAAAGCGGUUUCUUAGAAAUACUUUUAAUGGAUUAAGGUGCCUUUUGAGCCCUGUAACUGCAUUUGUGAACCUACUCGUCUCAGUAGUUGACGGUCUUUCCAAUGUUCUACUUGGCGAUUUCGAACAGUUUACACAUUUAUAUGAGACUGAUCAACUUAAAGAUAUUGAAACUAGUUCUGGACCUACAGUACCUCACACUGAAAAAAAAGAAUUCUUUCAAAAAUUCAAAACGAUCAGAAGUAGCAUACGGAUUAUAUAA